AUGAAUGACGAUGCGACGAUUCAGGAUCUCUAUCGCAAGAUAGAGAAGGAAAAGAGCAUGAUCACCGCGGCCAACAAGAUGAGACAGGCCACGCAGAAUCCCCAACUCAUCUCGCGCGCUGAGAGCCAAAUCCGCGAUGCCCAGCGCCACAUCCAAUAUUUUGAGCAGACCCUCCACGAUCUGCGCACGCGGCAGAUGGGCCGGGAUAUGGGCCACAUGUCCGUGUCUGGCAACGGUGCUCCUCCCAACGGCUCCCCCGACCGCACCGGGCAAGGGAGGAUCAAUCAGCAAGGCUAUAACGAGGGUUCCGACUAUGGGAACCCUGGGCCGGGAGGGUACAGUGGUGGCGGCGCCCCGGGACAGAUGCCCGCCAGAGGGCCCUACGCUCCCCCAGGACCUGCAGACCGGACGCCACGAGCACGCCCGAAUUUCAGCAAACUCGAUCUCAUCAAAGCCGAUACGCAGCACCUCGGCCCCCGCAUCCAGCACAUGCUGUCCCAGCUCGAGUUCAAACUGAGUGUCGAGAAGCAAUACAAAGCCGGUGUCGAAAAGAUGCUCCAACUAUACUCCAUGUCCAACGAUCGCAAGAGCAGGGCAGAGGCAGAAGGCAAGCGGAUCGAGAGUACACAGAAGAUCCAGCUCCUGACUCGAGCGCUGCGGCGGCACGAGGACCUACACGUCAACGUCGACAUCAGUGACGCCAACGACAACGACAGCCUGGACACGCCGAGCCAGCGGAAGCCAUUGACCGGCCACAUGUCGGUGCGGAUCCGCGCCAUCUCCGAUGUCGACCACGCCGCCACCACACGAUUUUCCCGAGGACCAGAGACUUUUGUCGUCAUCAAGGUGGAGGACUCCUUCAAGGGGAGGACAAAAUCUACGCGCACGGAUCGAUGGAGCGAUGAGACGCACGAGUUUGACGUCGACAAGGCGAACGAAGUCGAAUUUACCGUUUACGACAAGUCGGGCGAUCAGGCGGUUCCCAUUGGGCUGCUGUGGAUUCGAAUCGCAGAUUUAGUAGACGAUAUCCGACGCAAGAGGGUGGAGACGGAAUUCAACCAGGCUGGUUGGAUGACUGCGGACAAGAUGGACGCUCAUGCGGGACGGCCAGACCUGCAAUUUCAACCCCCACCGACCGCCCAUGGGUACCAGAAUCAAAACAGUACCGCGGCUGCCGCUGGCGGUCCUCCGGGCUCCGGCCUGCAUUCGCAGACCGGGCCGAUCUACAUCGACGCGUGGUUCUCACUCGAGCCUGUGGGCAAGAUUCAGCUCACCCUUGGCUUCGUGAAACAGGUCAAGGAGCGAAAGGGAUUCGAUGCCGUUGGCUUGGGUCGAAAAGGCGCCGUGCGGCAGAAGAAGGAAACCGUCAUCGAGCAGUACGGCCACAAAUUCACCACCCAGACCUUCUACAACAUCAUGCGCUGUGCUCUGUGCGGCGACUUUCUCAAAUACACGGCCGGCAUGCAAUGUGUGGACUGCAAAUACACCUGCCACGAAAAAUGCCACAAAAAGGUCGUCACGAAGUGCAUCAGCAAAUCCAAUGCCGAGACCGAUCCGGACGAGGAAAAGAUCAAUCACCGCAUCCCCCAUCGCUUCGAUGCCUUUUCCAACAUGGGCGCCAACUGGUGCUGUCAUUGUGGUUACAUGCUGCCCAUCGGCCGCAAGCAAUCGCGGAAGUGCAGUGAGUGCAAGCUGACGUGCCACUACAAUUGCGUGCACUUUGUUCCCGACUUCUGUGGGAUGAGCAUGGAAGCGGCCAACAAGAUUCUUCUGGAGAUUCGGUUGGCCAAGAGCGGACAGCGCAGACUUCAAGAGACUCUGCGACCUUCCUCGAAUACUACUCCUCGACCAGGGCCGGGAGCUCCUUCUGGCAUGACCAGUUACGUGGCGACGAAUGCUCAUCAAGACCAGGUGGCAACAGAAGGCCCGUCGACAUCGCAGGAGAGGUUCUCGUAUGGCAGGGACUCCCGAUACUCUGAUGGGUACGAACAGCCGCCGAGAACGUCAUCCUAUGGUCCGCCAAACCAGUCGUCUGUCAAUGCAGCUCAAGCUGCCGCUUCGGCUCAGUACGGCGGGCCGUCAUCCCCAGAGCAGCGUCCACCUGCGCAAAGAUCGCAGUCCUCACAAUCCGCGGCGGCGGCGGCAGCGGCAGCAGCAUCGGCCGCACUGACGGGCAGGCGACCUCCUGCAGACUCGCGGACAAGCUACGGUCAACCAAGUCCGUAUGGCCAGCCGCAGUCGCAAGGCUCUGCUUUUGCGGAUGGGUACAGGGAGAGCCGGAGCAAUCAACGUCCACCGCCUCUGGAUGCUCAAUCCCAAACGCCUGCGUAUGAUCCGCGGGCAUAUGCCCAGUUCAACCAACAGCAGCAACAACAGCAGCAACCUCAGUAUGGACAUCAAACAUCCGCCCCGUCGAUCCCGCAGAUCAACGUACCCCAGUCUCCACCGCCUCAGUCACACCAAGCUCCACCUGCUGCUGGACCGGUCACCACCAUCACUCAGCCCGUCGCAGAAGAGCGAGAGCGACGAUCCGCGCCGCCGGCCAACACUCAAGGCAGCGGCCGACGCAUCGGUCUCGACCACUUCAACUUCCUCGCCGUGCUGGGCAAAGGAAACUUUGGCAAGGUCAUGUUGGCCGAGACGAAGACAACGAAGCAACUCUACGCCAUCAAAGUGCUGAAGAAAGAGUUUAUCAUUGAAAACGACGAGGUGGAAAGUGUUCGGUCGGAGAAGCGGGUCUUGCUGAUCGCCAAUAAGGAACGGCAUCCCUUCCUCAUCAACCUCCACGCCUGCUUCCAGACGGAAACGCGUGUCUACUUCGUCAUGGAGUACAUCAGCGGCGGUGACUUAAUGCUGCACAUCCAGCGCUCCCAAUUCGGCACGAAACGCUCCCAAUUCUACGCUGCCGAGGUGUGCCUCGCGCUGAAGUACUUCCACGAGAAUGGCGUCAUCUACCGCGAUCUCAAACUCGACAACAUCAUGCUCACGCUGGACGGCCACAUCAAAGUGGCCGACUACGGUCUGUGCAAGGAAGACAUGUGGUACGGUUCGACAACGAGCACCUUCUGCGGCACGCCGGAAUUCAUGGCGCCGGAGAUUCUACUCGACAAGCGCUACGGCCGCGCGGUGGACUGGUGGGCCUUUGGCGUUCUCAUCUACCAAAUGCUACUGCAGCAAUCGCCCUUCCGCGGCGAGGACGAAGACGAAAUCUACGACGCCAUCCUCGCCGAUGAGCCGCUGUACCCCAUCCACAUGCCGCGUGACAGCGUCUCCAUCCUGCAGAAGCUGCUGACGCGCGAGCCCGAACUGCGGCUGGGGUCGGGCGUGACGGAUGCGCAGGAGAUCAUGUCGCACGCCUUCUUCCGCAACGUCAAUUGGGAUGACAUCUACCACAAGCGCGUGCAACCGCCUUUCUUGCCGACGAUCAAGGGGCGCGCGGAUACGAGUAAUUUCGGGGACGAAUUCACGAGUGAAACGCCGGUUUUGACGCCGGUGCAGUCGGUUUUGUCGCAGGCUAUGCAAGAGGAGUUCCGCGGCUUCUCUUACUCUGCGGACUUUGCUUGA